CGCCCAAGACUGUAAUAUUUUAAGGCUUACAUUUCAAUCAUGGGGUCAGGUGCAAGUAAAGGUGGUUCAUAUAAACUAACAUAUUUCAAUGGGAAAGGACGAGGAGAAGUUGCCCGUCUUUGCUUUGCUGCUGCGGGGGUCAAGUAUGAAGAUAUUCGAGUAGAGCAAUCCGACUGGCCAGCAUUAAAACCAAAAACUCCAUUAGGAUUUUUACCAGUGUUAGAAGUAAAUGGAAAAGAGCUGACACAGAAAUUAGUCGUCGACAGAUUUCUUGCAGGACAAUUUGGUCUUUUUGGAAGUAAUGACAUGGAAAAAGCUAAGAUAGAUGAAGUCAUGACGACAAUAGCAGAUUUCACUGUAGAUUGUACAAACCCUUUAUUUAUCAAGGAAGAGUCUGCGAAGGUUGAAGCCGUUAAGUCUAUAGUGAAUACUAAACUGCCAGCCAUAAUGGCCUACCUAGAAAAUACAUUGGAUGCCAAUCUUACAAACAGUGGAUUUAUUGUAGGAGGGAAGCUAUCCGUGGCAGAUUUGACAAUUUUCUUCUUUGUGGACACACUCGGCAAUCUCUCAUCAACGGCAAUAGAUAAAUAUACAAAAAUAAAAGAUCUGAGUGCAAAAGUAGGUGCCAUCAACAGUAUAGCAACAUAUGUAGCUAAUCGGAAGAAAACUCCAUUUUAAAGACACAAACGAAAAGAAAAGUAAUUAACAAGAUAUUAGCGGGAUAAAUGGACUGUGGACUUUUAGUCAGAGUACCCAAUCAAUAACAAUUCGACAAGUGAUAUUGGUAAACCAUUUUAUUAUGACUACCUCAAAAGCUCCAAACUUUGUUUAAGAAAAUAUGAUCAACGAUUUUCAAAGGGAAGUGAUUUGGCAAGGCUUCCGUAAAAAUCGCUUCAUAGGGGAGGAGUAAAAUUUAAAAAAUGAUAAAAAAUAGUCUACUCUCAGGGCAAUUAUAUUUCUGUUACUAUUGAGUUCUAAUCAUUUAGGGCCAUAGCUUUAUAAUAUAUUUCUGUUUUGGUUGGAUUUUUUUUUUAACCUUUUUGAUUGAGGUACUACAAAAUUGAAACAUUUCUUUAAAAAUAACUUAAUGUCUAUAACAAUAUUUACGCGUGAAUAUGUGCAUAACGAUACGUGUCGAUGUUUUGAAUACGUGUAUAUAUGAGAGUGCGUGAGAGGGAGAGAAGAUGGAAAAUUUUAUUUGUAUUGAAAAUGAUUAUAUCGUUUAAAAAUGUAUUUAUAUUUAUUAAAUAACUUAAAAACAAGUUUUUGAUUUUA